CAUUCCUGCUUUUAAAUCAAAUGUAUUCAUCAAAUCUCAUAUAAAUUGAAAUCUCUUGUGGCACACAAAUUACCGAGUGUUAUCCAAGUCCAGUCAGCGUCAUCUGUGGCGCCAUCUGGUGGACACAAUGUAGCGUGACUCUCAAACGGUUCGUGUUCCUUUAAGAGACGACGUAAAUAUUUCCACCACUUCCGGGUCAACCAACAUGGCUAACAGCCGUUAGCUUGUCCAGUUUUGCCCCACUGAAAGCUGAAGAACUGCAAGUGCAAAUAAUGGCUUCAUUCGGCUGGAAGAGGAAAGUCGGCGAGAAGGUUUCAAAGUCGGCGGUGCAGCAGUUCGAGGCCGAGGCAGCGAGAACCGAGAAGACCGACGACGCCGGGUCGAGAGCCGCCGACGGGGUGGAGGUGGACUGGCUGCACGCCAUCAAACGCCGGCGGGAGGUCCUGAUGGAGGACUGCGCGGCCAAGAGCGGCCGGCUGAAGGAGGAAGGAGCGGUGCUGGCUGAGCACGGCAGGCACUGGGAGGCCAUUAAGAAGUUGGACGAGGCCAUCCAGCUGACUCCAGACAACCCACUACUGUACGAGAUGAAGUCUCAGGUGCUGACCAUCUUACAGGAAGUGUUCCCCGCGGUGAAGGCGGCCGAGACGGCGGUGAAGUUCCGCCCCCUCUGGUGGGAGGGCUGGCAGACGCUGGGCCGCGCGCAGCUCAACCUGGGGGAGGUGGACCUGGCCGUGAGGUCCUUCCAGGUUGCGAUCCACCUGUGCCCGUCGGAGCGCUCCCUGUGGCAGGAGGACCUGCAGUGGGCGCGGCGGCUGCGGCGGCAGCACCUGGCCACCGAGGAGAAGGCCCGGCAGGAGGAGGAGGCCAAGGAGCGGAUCCUCAACGCCCCGGAGCUCCAGCGGGAUUACGACUUCGAGUCCGACGAGGUGCUGGCCGCCUGCGUUGCGGUGGCGGAGCGGCAGGCGCGCUACGAGGCGCUGAAGAGGACCGCCGUGGUCAUGGACGCCGAGGGGAAUAUCAAAAACGUACUCGCCGGGGAGGAAGGGUCGGAGGACGCCACCGCUCCGUUUCAUGGACAGUUUGUCAAAGCAAGAGGACUUUAAAAGGGUUCGGUUGGUUAUUGUGGUUUCGAUUCCGGCCGAUGUGUGUAAUUAUAGCGUCAAGCAUCUUCUUCAGAAGCACGCGGGAGAACUGACUAAUUCUGCUGAGGGUUAAUUACAACAGAAGGAAAGA